AUGGUCGCCAUGUACUGUGGAUCGGGGGAUUUCUGCUCUGCAACUCUUCUCUUCCACCAGGUGCUCGACCCAUCUGCUCGCCUCUACAAUGCCCUCAUCAGAGGGCACUCCCUCUUCGGGGCGCACGAAGAGAUCCUCCCCCUCUUUUACCGGAUGCAUUCAAUGGGUCUCCAGCCUGACCACUUCACCUUCCCCUUUGUCCUCAAGUGCUGCGCCAACCUCGAGGCUGUAUUCAUGGGGAGAUCUGUGCAUGCUUUGUGCUCGAGGCUGGGCCUGGAAGUUGAUAUCCACAUCUCCACCUCUCUCAUCGACAUGUACGUGAAGUGCAGCAACGUUCCUGAUGCCCGCCGCGUGUUCGAGCUGGUUCCCUUCAGGGAUGUCUCCACCUGGAACGCGCUCAUCGCGGGGUACAUGAAGACUUGCGAAAUCAGAGUUGCAGAGGAGCUGUUCGGAAAAAUGCCCCAGAGGAACAUCGUCUCGUGGACCGCCAUGAUUUCCGGGUAUACUCAGAAUGGGCUCGCUGACCGUGCGCUGGCUCUGUUUGAGGAGAUGAUGGGAGAGGGGAGCGACGUUAAACCCAACUGGGUCACCAUCAUGAGUGUUCUUCCGGCCUGUGCCCACUCUUCUGCCUUGGAAUAUGGGGAGAAGAUUCAUAAAUUUGCUAGCUCCGUGGGGUUGGAAAGAAAUCCUUGCGUCUGCAUUGCGCUGGUGGCUAUGUACGCCAGGUGUGGAAGCCUCCUGAAGGCUCGCAGCUGCUUUGACCAGUUAAGGGAUGGUGACAGGGAUGUGGUCGCUUGGAACACCAUGAUCACCGGGUACUCUCUCCAUGGACGGGGAGCAGAUGCCUUAUCCACGUUUGAUGAUAUGGUGAAAUCGGGAACACCGCCUGAUGAGAUCAGUUUCAUUGGCUUGCUCUCUGGGUGUAGCCACUCGGGCUUAGUUGACGUGGGUCUGAAGUAUUUCAAUGCCAUGGAGAGCCUCUACUCUGUGAAACCGAGGUUGCAGCAUUAUGCCUGUGUUGUUGACCUUCUGGGCAGAGCAGGGCGGCUUGCUGAAGCGAAGAAGCUCAUUGACCACAUGCCCAUUGAGCCGGGGCCCAGUGUUUGGGGCGCACUGCUGGCAGCCUGUCGGUGGCACCGUGAGCUUGAGAUUGGAGAGAUUGCAGCAGAGAAACUGUUCGAAUUGGAGCCUGGAAACACUGGGAAUUUCGUGCUGCUUUCCAACAUGUACGCAGAGGCUAGAAGAUGGCAGGCAGUGGAUUCACUGAGAGCUGCUGUAAAAGAUAAGAGCAUGCCAAAGAACCCGGGUUGCAGUUGGAUCGAACUUCAUGGGAGAGUCCAUUCUUUUCUUAAUGGAGAUACGUCUCACCAGCAGGUGGCAGAGAUAUAUGGCGCUCCUGGAAGAGCUCCCUAG